UGCUUAAAACAUUUUUCUUUUUUCAGUUCAUCAUAGAACUAGCUCAUCUGGAGGUUUGAAAAGCACAGUCGAUUUACUGCCGUCAGUGUCUAUUUCGUACGACAGCAAUGCCGAGUGCAUUGAAGUAUGCAAUGAUGCUGAGAGUUCCAUUACUGUAGAUCCUCCUGCUGAUCCACCUUUAUCAGAUUUGGACCUGAUGCUUGCGGCAACAUACGUUGAAGAUGCGAGGUGUGGGAGGCAUUCAGACUUCAAAAUAUCAGAAAGGCAUUUAAAAAUAUAUCAUUUAUAUCAGAACAAGUGGGGACAGAUGGUGCUGUAUGCUAUAUUCGGUAUUCAUCUCCUCUUAGCACUCUUUGAAAAGCCAGCAGUUUCAGGUUUAGAGGUCUCACUCUGGAUUACAAUGUCUGUGGAAGUGGCCAUUCUUUGCUUAUAUCUUUUUCGACUAGCUCACAUCAGCAUCUUCACUCCUCUCACAAGGUUUUGGUCAGACACCAAGCAUAUUUUUAUUUUUGUCCUAGUCGCGCUUACUGUUUUAGAUAUGAUAAUAUACGUGGGGCUUGUAGAGAGUGGAAGCUUUGGUGUUAGAUGGUCCAGAGCUUUCCGUCCGUUGUUCGCGAUAAAUUUCCCCGAGAUGAAGCAGAUACGUCGCUCCUUCCGUAACCUGAGGCGAACGUUUCCUGACUUGAUUAAUGUGCUGGGUCUCUUUUUCUUCUGCUUAUCAAUAUUUUCCCUCAUGGGAUAUAAGCUCUUUGGAGGGAGAGGCAUGAAAUGGGUGGAUGGCCGACCAUACUUUGAUACUUAUUGGGACAGCAUCUUUGAUCUUUAUGUGCUGGUUACAACAGCCAACAAUCCAGAUAUUAUGAUGCCUGCAUAUGAUGCCUCACCAUAUUAUGUCAUCUUUUUUGUCUUGUUCUUGGUUAUCUGCUUUUUCAUCUACAUGAACAUUAUUCUUGCUGUUAUUUAUAAUAACUAUAGGAAACACCUCAAAAAUGAAGUUAAGAAAACUGUAUACAGCAAGAGGCAGCAGCUUAGUAAGGCUUUCGACAUACUUGCAGUGAAUUCUUCUUCCAGACAGAUUGUAACAAGGAAUCGGUUUGUGCAACUAAUGAAGCAAAUUGAUUCUGAAAAGAAACCAGCACUCAUCAAUGUAUUGUGGAUUAUUCUGGAUACAGAUGGAUCAGAGGGCCUAGAUAGAGGCGAAUUUUUAAAGUUGGCUGACUUGUUGAACGUGGAGGUCAUAGAAGUGGUUGACCGAAGGAUAUGGGUUCAGAAGUUUUUCCCUUCUCUUUAUGCUUCCAAGCCAUCUCAGUUUCUGUGUAGGGUUGUGAAGCAUAGGUAUUUUCAAAUAUUCUUUGAUGUGCUGACUUUAGUCAAUGCAGCUGUGAUUGGCAUAUCAACCAAAUCGUCCAGCUGGGAUAGUACGGCCGAAUGGAUUUUCUUAGGACUCUUCAUGAUGGAAAUUCUACUGAAGUUGUAUGUUUUUGGUCCAAGGCGAUUCUUUACCAGACUUUGGAAUGUAUUUGAUUUCGUUGUUAUUGGAGCAGCUUUUAUGAUGGCUGCAGUGGAGGCAGGUAUUGGAUUGGGAAAUCAGAGUCGCCUUUCCUUGGAUGUGCUACUUGUUUUGCGUGUUCUCCGUCUAGUGAAGAUCAUUGGAAGUGUAGCACGCUUCAAGAUCAUUGUCCAUUCAAUCAACAAGAUAAUUCCAUCAUUGUUGACUUAUGGAGGAGUUGUUAUGGUGUUCUACUAUAUUUUUGCCAUCAUUGGAGUAGAAUCCUUCCAAGGCCUUGUUAGAUUUUCCGGCUACGACAACAAGGAAGGAACUGAACUGUAUUGUGGUAAUAAGAAGUUGAACAACACCGAAUUUUGGCAUGUGCAGUAUUGCAACAACAAUUUUAACAACAUAAUUCGGGCAUUCAUUGUAAUGUUUGAACUCACCGUCGUUAAUCAGUGGCAUGUCAUUGCAUAUGGCUUUGCCUCUGUGACAAACUCAUGGGCUCGUUUGUACUUUUUGGUCUUUCAUCUGAUUUGUGUUAUUGUAGUUUUGAAUAUCUUCACAGCUUUUGUGCUUGAAGUUUUCAUUCUGGAAUACUCAGCAAAUAGAGGUCAGUUUGAAUCACAAGUGGAAAAGAAGAUUCAGGAUAUUGGACUUAGCAUAAGAAGAAGACGCCAAAGUGGUAACAGUGCUGAAAGUCAGGAAGAUCUAGUUGCAACUGAUUCAGAAAAUUCAGAAGAGGAUUCUGGUGCCAGUGGCCCUGCAAGAACAACUAAAAUUGAUGGUGAUAAAACUGAUGGUGGAACUGAUCCUGACCAAAUCUCAACGGAUAUAGCCACUAAAACAGAUGUUCGAUUCCUGAUUUCGAAACGUGUGAAGAAUGUUGAAGUUCUCUUGCAAAAAAUGUUUGAAAAGGAGCUGGCUGGGGAUGAGCUUGGACCGAGCAUUGUCAACUUGGAUCAGGAUCUAGAAGAUGAGAGAAGUUUCUACAAUAAUAGGAAUUUUAGUGCUUGGAAUCUUUGAGUGGUAUUUCUUAUUAAAUCAAAGAUGUUAUCUGAAAAGUUGAAAGUAUGGUGAAAACAUGAAGAGGAUUAAUAGAACAGCCCAGAGGAUCACAUUAUCAAGGGGCAUAGGUGAAGACUGGAACCAAAUGAGAAUCGUUAUGGGAAAGCCCAGAGCCAGACAUAAUAUACAUUGUGCUUAUAGUUAAAGCAUUGAACAGCAUUUCAUAAAGCCGGUUUUAACACCCUUUUCUUUUCCAUCUCAUUUUAUUAGACAGAAUUUCACCUUUUUUUUCCACAAGUAAUUGAAAGUAUUUUAUUUGCUGAACAAAGUUUUAAACAAGCAUUUUGUCUUCUUGCAGAAAAUGUAUGGACCUUUUACUGAGCUUUUGUUUGCUAGCAGUUCAUGUGAAUGGGCAUUUUUGAAAUUGUAAUUUCUAUAUUACUAAAAAUUUUCUUAUACAUACUGUACUUUUGUUGGUUAUAUGUAAUUCAUUUAAAUUUUAGAAAAGCUUACUUCAAAUAUUAAGUAUGUUAUGUGUUCUCAAGCCCCGUUUUUCCUAUUUUUCAGUGUUUGACUUCCAAAAAUGUUCUAAUGAAUUUUAAUUUGAUAACAUUUUGAAUGGAGUUGUUGAUAAUCUUCAGUAAGUUAUUCUUCAGAGACAAAAAAAAUAGUAUACAGUUCAGUUCUUUUUUCAUGAAGGUUGUUGGUAUAUAUAUAUGUACUAUAUAUUUAAUUCUCAGCUAUAACUUACCUGUUGAGUGGUUGUAUAUACCAAAGAAAUCCUGUUGAUUCAGAUUUUAAAAGUAAUUCUUAUAGAUUGAUAAUAUAUUCCUUACAGAUAUCAAAAAUUGGUACCUGUAUGUAUUUAAUGUAUAAUGUUUUUAAAUAUUGUAACUUACUUCAAACCAAAGUUAGCUGUGUGCUUUGUCUAAUUCUGUCUUUUUUUUCCUGUUAUACUUUUAGCCAUAAUUAGAAACUUACUUCUACCCAAUACAUAAUAUUGUACUCAAUUACACCACAUAAAUUGAAAGCUGUACUGCUAUUUAUUUUUCAGUCAUUUAUCAUUUGAUAUAUUGCCAUCAUUUUUGAAAUACUGUCUAUCCUGAUAGAAUAUGUAACUAUUUUAAUUUUAUUAAAAAUCAAUGUACUUUUA